GAGACCCUCGGAAGAAAAAAGCACGCAAAUCAUCAAAAAGCAAUUUCUAUCAUCAACCCCCGGCAACAUGGCAAGUGAAUAUGAGUUCGAAAUCGGUCUGGAUGAAGGGGGAGAGGAGAGUGGCUAUCAUAUGUUCAAUGCCCCCGGCCAGGAACAGCGAGCUCAUCUCAUCAACCAGACGUACCCGCGCGAUCGCAUUGUGAAAGGAGACUUGGAACAAGUCAUCCAUGGCCACCUGACUCCGGACGGAGAUGAGGCUACUCUUAUCGUGGCAAAGUUCAGUUUCCUGGGCCAAACGCCUGACCGCCGUUUCAAAUACGCCAGGAUCACUUGGGACUUUUCGUACGAGGGCUCUCUCAAUAGUCCCGAGGUGCUGGAUAUCUCUCUGGAUGGGCAGUUCAUCAUGAACAAAUCGACCUUCUCGUCAAACAAUGGGUACAAUGCUGAUCUCGGGGUUCAAGGGGGAGUUGGGGUCACCGGCAGCGUUGGGGCUGGAUGGACUCGGUCGCUCGAAGUGACCGUGAACGACCACGUUUCGAUUUAUGGAACAAGCCGUUAUCGGGACCAAAAGGUCGGCGAACCCGACAGCGCGAGAUGGGUACUAGAAGAAAACGCCAGCCAGAAAAGCGGUAUCCCGGGGCUCAUUAGAACUGCGGUCCUGUUGCGACGUCAACCAGGCAAAUUGUUUCUCGGUGACAUUGAGAUCCAAGCAAAGAUUGGAUUCGGAAACAACGUGAUGUCGUGGUUCGGACGAAAACAAGGUGUUCAUCCAGUGGUGUUUAAUCCCGCUCUACCGCCAACUACGAAGGUUUACGACCCGUCUAACCUGGAAUCUGUUGUCCUGGAUGAUAUCCAGUCGGUUGUACAUAACAAAGUGCUCCCUACAACGGAGUAGGCAGUUCUGUUCAAAUUCGCCAUCUGGCUACCUGGGCACGAGCAUAACAUGAG